AUGGAUCACAGAAGAGUGAAGAGAAGAGUACCAGUGAGAAGAGAGGAAGAGGAAAGCACCGGCGCGCGCGUGUCGCUGCUCUGGCUGCGGGGAUCACCGAGGUCGCCCCCGGUGAACAAGGCUGAUAACCCGAGGUUGCACAACCCGUUGCUCCGGCAGAAGAUGAUGGGGUGUGGAUGGUUGGGCGUGAUCUUUGAAUGGGAAGGUGUCAUUGUUGAGGAUGAUCCUAAGUUGGAGAGGAAGGCAUGGUUGCAGUUGUCCCAAGAAGAAGGAAAGUCUCCACCUUUAGCCUUUGUUUUGAAGAGAAUUGAAGGGAUGAAGAAUGAGCAAGCUAUUGCUGAGGUCCUUUGUUGGUCUCGUGACCCUUUUGAGCUCCGGAGAUUAGCUGCUCGGAAGGAGGAGAUAAGCCGGAGUCUUGGUGGAGCAUUUCAUCAAAUACGUUCUGGGUCUCAAGAAUUCAUUGGUACUCUUGUUAAUCAUAGCAUACCAAUGGCUUUAGCUACAACACGGCCAAGGAAAACACUCCAAGAAGAAAUGAUGGCAGUUGGUGUCAAAGGUUCAUUCAAUGCUAUCAUCGCUGCUGAUGAUGUUUACCGUGGGAAGCCUGAUCCUGAAAUGUUUGUGUAUGCUUCUCAGCUUCUUAGCUUUAUACCAGAACGGUGCAUUGUGUUUGGGAAUUCGAAUUUGACUGUGGAAGCUGCACAUGAUGCUCGGAUGAAAUGUGUGGCUGUUGCAAGUAAGCAACCGGUGUAUGAGCUUAGUGCUGCAGAUCUUGUUGUGAGAAGGCUUGAUGAACUUUCUGUUGUGGAUUUGAAGAACCUUGCUGAUAUUGAUUCUUUAGAGUUUGUGUCCGAAGAACCGGAGCUCGUGGAAGAUGUGUCUCCGGCCACCGUCUCGGUGGCUUCUGAUGAUCUAUUCUGGUAAGAUUUCUUGGUUGUACAGUUUAUUGUUUUGCUUGAUUGAUGUAAGUAGUAAAUUGGUAAUUGAUUAUCACUGAUUAUGCUAGAUAUUAAGAGCAGCAUAGGAUCCUCUUCUCUGAAUACUGUAUAUAUAUUAGAGAUAAGAAGAGAGGAUGAAUGAUUUAUAUAGUUGGGUGGUCCGCAUUGGCACCCUUGUUUCGGAAAACCGAAAACAUGACAUGUAUUUUGUGCACAUUUAUUCGAAUUCAGAAUGUUGUGCUA